UUGAUUGCAGUGUGUGUUGCAGGCGUGAGGAGAGCUGAGGCUGCCUGAGUGAGGAGCAUUGCUAGGGAAGGAAGGAAGGCAUUACUACAAUGGCUGAAGAAGAGAAUGUGAAGGUGGCGGUUUGGGUCCGGCCAAUGAAUAAGCGGGAGCUGGGACGAAAGGCCAAGUGCGUAGUGAGCAUGAAGGGAAAUAUCACCACGGUCACCAACCCUGAUGACUCGGCCGAUGUCAAGUCCUUCACCUACGACUACUCUUACUGGAGCUUUGACGGCUGCAAGGAGGAGCCCAAUGGCUACUUUGCCAAGCAGUCACCCAACUCCAAGUAUGCUGAUCAGAACACGGUGUACAAUGAUCUGGGAGGUGGAGUCUUAGCAAACGCCUGGGCUGGUUAUAACUCCACACUGUUCGCUUAUGGGCAGACAGGCUCAGGAAAAUCUUGGUCUGUCAUUGGAUAUGGAUCCAAUAAAGAGGAGAAGGAGUUUGAAGUGAGGUUUAGCAUGUUGGAGAUCUACAAUGAGGUAGUUCUUAAUCAUUCAUACCUUUCUCUGGUGGUUAUCCUAGCAAGGCGCAGGACCAGACGUAAUGCCCUUAUGCUUAGCGCAGCUAACGCAGCGCGAAACAUGAUCGACAACGUCUACUCUCAUAAUGAGGCCAAUAUGCACGACGGACGGUUUUGUCACGACCUGGAUGUCCAGCUGUAG